AUGACCGCGCGGUGCAAUCCGCGCGCGCCCGCCACGGCGUCCAAGGGGUCGGCCCGGCCGCCGUCCGCACAGCCCCGCACGCGCUCUCCCCGCGGGCGCUGCGAACUGCCGCGCGCGGCGACAGCAAGGCCAGCGGCCCCGCAGCCCGGGGACAGCGCGCCGGCAGGCUCGCGCCGCGGUCUGCGCUGCGCGCGGCGUCCCCCCGAAGGGACGGGCAGCGCGGCGGGAAGGGGCGCACCGGGCUCCCCGGGUGCACGUGCGAGGCCGGCCGUCGGCCGGGACCGGCGAGGAAGGCGGCGCCCCGCCCCCGAGCUGUCCGGUGCCGAGGGCUUCGCAGCGACGCGGGGCGCCCCAGCCCAGCGCGACCUUCGCGGGGUCCGCACGCGCUCGCAGAGGUCGCGCGGCCGCGGUGCGGUGCGGUGCGGUGCGGUGCGGUGCGGUGCGGCCGGGGUCCGCCGCUCUCCGGCCCGGCCGCGCCAGCCACGCGGACCCCCGGCCCGGGAGCCGAGCGUGCGGGGGGAGGCACUGCGGAGGCCGCGGCCGCCCCGGAGGCGACGGCCCCGAGGACCGUGUGAGGUCACGCCCUGGAGGCCCCGACCUGCCCUGACGGGGCUCCCGCCCGCGCGGAGACGAGGAGACCCGCCGCCCCGGGGACGCUGCUCGGCUCCCGCGGACCCGCCGGCCCGGCCGCCCCGGCCCAGCACCCCUGCACGCGCCGCCCCGACCGCGGCACGCCCCCAGCCCCCGGAGCCGCGGCCCGAGCCCUCGGGCGGUCCCGCGCGGAGGCAGAGGACCGCCCGGCACUCACCUGCCCUGCCGCCGCCGUGCCCGCCGACCCCUCCAGCCAACCGGGCCUGCGCCGCAGCCCGCCCGUUCCCAACCACGCGGCGCCCGCACGGACCGGGACACGCAGGACACCGACUCUCCGCCGUGACGCGGCCGCGCGACCCGGCAGCCCUACGCGCCGCACUUCCGGAGCCGCCGGAAGCUCCGGCCUCGCUUCGCGCCUCGGCCGCCGGAAGUCCCGCCGCGACCUCCGCCCCGCGCCGGAAGUUCCCUUCGCAGCCUCCGUCGCCGCCGCGACGGCGGAAGUCCCGCCCCCGCCCUGCGCCCCGGCCGGAAGUCCCGUAUCGCGAGGCGGGGUCCGAGUGCGCGGGCGGCCGGGGGCUGGGGGGUGCGGCGGCGCUCGUGGGCGCCCGAGACGGCCCGCCCUCGCCCCGCGGCGCCGGCGCUUGCCCGGAGGUGAGCCCCGAAGGGCCGAGCCACGGACUGGGGGGCGCGGGCGCUCGCGCGGACCCGCCGGCGCGGCCCCCGGUACUCACUGCGGCGGGCUCGCGCGGGGGUCCUCGACCCCCCCAGGGCGGCGUCCAUCGGCUCGGGUCGGGGGCGCCGCUGGGGGCGUCCGGGCCUGCGAGUCCCCGCGGCCGCACGCUGCGGGCUGCGGGCUGCGGCGGAGGCUGCCGGCCGCGCGGCUCCCGAAGGACUCCCGUCAGCUGCUCGCCGCGGAAGGGGGGACUGGCUGGUCUCCGCGCGGGCUGCGGGGGACGGGCCGGCCGAGGCCUCCGACAGCCACGGCCGCGCCGCGACGGUCCCGGGGGCCGAGCGGCGGGACGGCUCCGGACGCGCGGGGCUCCGGCCGGCAAGGCACCGCCCGCCGUCGGCUCCCGGGACCGUCGCGGCGCGGCCGUGCGGGAAACAAGCGUGAUGGAGCUGGGGACCCGGUAG